AUGAGGACCUGGCAGGACAUUUUUGCAGAGAAGAUUGCAGAUAAAUGCUUAACAGAGCCAUGGACGCUUCAGAAGGAUGAUACCCUGCAGGUGCAUGUCCUCAAGACUGGCUGGAAGGAGUUUGUGCAGGGCCGUGCUCCUGGGAGGUUUCAGUGCUCCCAGUACUUUCAGGAGUGGUCUUCGGCCAAAGUUCAUGUCCUGUUCCAUGAGCCUGAAUUCAGCCUGGAGACUGUGGAGAGGCUUCUGCACAACCUGGUGCUAAAAAUCCUCAAGUAUUUCUACCAUGUGCGCAUUCAGCCCUCUGACCUCCUGGAAGUUGUGGUGGAUGUACUGGUGACAGGGCUGCAUGACAGCGCCCACUGCGAGGGCUGCCAGCUCGGCAUUUGCAUGCUCCUCUUUGUCCUGUUUUAUUUCACCUACAAGUAG